AUGGCAGACCAGCUUGCAGCCAAGCGGCUCAAAGUGGACAGCGAUGGGUCAUCACGGCACACCCAUGAGCUCGCAGAUCUACUGAGCCGCCUGCACUCGCUCCUGACCAGCGCUCCUCAAGGCACCCAAGAGGAUGGAGUCGAUGGGGUGCUGAACGAACUGGCGCGACUGCAGACCACGCUCAACACCUCCAGCUCAGUCGACGAAGCAACGUUCAAGGCCAUCGCCGACACACAAGAGCAGCUGCAGGUCGCCAUCGUGGCCCUGCAGGCGGCCGUCGACCGCUUUACGCCGCCUCCGGGGUACAUGCCGCCAGUCCCAGGCGACCAGGCCUUUGUGCGCGGCCUGCUAUCCUAUGCCCAUCGCCUGAGCUACAGCUCUUCUGCGCCGCUGGGCUACCAGACUGGCCAGCCGCUCUAUUUCUUCAAGCCGCCGGCGCCACAGGAGGCUGAGAUGCGUGCCUCGCAGCUUCAUGCCUUCAGCCGCGACUGGGAGGCACGGCAACAGGCAGCUGCGGCACAGCGACAGAUAACAGCGACAGCAGUGGCACUGGGGGCAGCACCACCCAGUGCCCAGCCCGAAGCAGCACCAGGGCCAGGUUCAGCAACUGCUGCCCCAGUGCCCGCGCCUGUUGGGGACGUCGCAGCCAUGGCAGCGCAGCAUGGGCUGGAUGUGGCCCAGCUGCUGGCCAGCAUUCCACCUGGAUGGAAGCCCGGGGACCCUAUCCCUCUGGGGUCAGCUGCUGGCGCGGGAGAGGCAGCACCAGCAGCGGGCAAGCCCCAGCCGGCAGCCCAGGCACCUGCAGCGGCGCCGCAGAUGCAGCGCGAGCCGAGCCCGGGGGAGGAGGAGCGGGCGCCGGCUGCUGCGCCUCCCGUGCUGACCGGCAUCUUCCUGGACGACUUUGGGCAGUACGACUACGAUGUGUCAUCUGGGGAGGACGCAGGGAACAGUGACGAGGACAGCGACGAUGAGCGCGACUAG